AUGGCCCGUCUGCAGUCUUUCGCCGCUGUCCUUCUGGUGCUGGCCGUAACCUUCCAGGCAGCCUCUGCCCAGACAUGUGAGCUGACGGCCGCCGAUGUUCGCACGGGAGACUACAGCCAGGUCGCCGUCAAAUGCAGGAACCUCCCCAGCUCCCCUAGUGCCACCGAGUGCGAGGCGUGCGGGUGCGCCCUGGCUGAUGCCUUCGGCCCCGUCCUGCGGAGGGCGGGCGUGAACCUGGAGGGAGUUGACCGGUCCACUGCCACCGACGCCAUCUCCGCCUGCAUCAACGUCAUCUACGGCCCCCUGUCCUCCGCGGGCGUGGACGUGGUCGGCCUGGCCUCUCUGCAGAACUGUGCUACCGUCCCCUCGUGCCUGACCGCCGCGGCCCCCGCCCCCUCCCCCUAG